AUGUCUUCGCACACAGCAUCGCAACGGUACCUGAGUACCCGGGGAGGAUCUUAUGAUUUCUCUUUCGAAGACGUUGUUCUUAAGGGCCUGGCGUCAGACGGCGGCCUCUUCAUCCCCGAAGAAAUCCCUACGCUGCCUGACGACUGGGCGUCCAAGUGGAAAGACCUCUCGUUCGAAGACCUCGCAUUCGAAAUCUUCUCCCUCUACAUCUCAUCGUCCGAGAUCCCCUCCGCAGACCUCAAAGACAUCAUUCAUCGCAGUUACUCCACAUUCCGCGCCAAGGACGUUGCGCCCACCGUUCCGCUCGACCCGAAGAAGAACAUACACUUGCUAGAGUUGUUCCACGGACCAACAUUCGCUUUCAAGGAUGUCGCGUUGCAAUUCUUGGGUAACCUGUUCGAGUACUUUCUCGUCCGCAAGAAUGAGGGCAAGACCGGACGAGACAGGGAGCAUCUGACCGUCAUCGGCGCAACAAGUGGUGACACCGGCUCAGCAGCCAUCUACGGUCUACGUGGGAAGAAGGAUGUGUCUGUCUUUAUCAUGUUCCCGCAUGGCAAGGUCAGCCCGAUCCAGGAGGCGCAGAUGACGACGGUCAUGGAUGCCAAUGUGCACAACUUGGCCGUGGACGGCACAUUCGACGAUUGCCAGGACUUUUUAAAAGAACUCUUUGCCGACCCAGACAUCAACGGGACGCACCGUCUCGCCGCCGUAAACUCCAUCAACUGGGCGCGUAUCCUUGCGCAGAUCACAUACUAUUUCUACUCCUACUUCAGCCUCGUCAAGAGCGAGUCUUUCCUCCCAGCCUCCGCUGUUCGCUUCGUCGUACCUACGGGAAACUUCGGCGAUAUUCUUGCCGGCUUCUUUGCAAAGCGCAUGGGCCUGCCGGUUGAGAAGCUGGUCAUAGCCACAAACGCAAACGACAUUCUGCAACGCUUCUGGGAAUCCGGCAAGUACGAGAAGCACGCUGUGCACGGUGCGCAAGCUGAAGGCGGGAUUCCCGAAGAUGGUGCCAAGGCACACGCGAGCGGAGUCAAGGAAACGUUGAGUCCGGCAAUGGACGUUCUUGUGGCGUCCAAUUUUGAAAGACUGCUCUGGUUCCUGUCGUACGAUGUAUACAGCUCAAACUCUGACGCAGUAUCACAACGAAGGAGUCAGGCGGGUGACCACGUACGGAAUUGGCUCAACGACUUAAAGUCAAAGGGCGGCUUUUCGGUCGAUAAGCAGAUUCUGGAAGCAGCACAGGCCGACUUUGUAUCGUAUCGUGUCAGCGACGAGGAGACCAUCGACACCAUCAAGUACGUGUUCAACGCAGAGUCAUCAAAGAGCUACGUCCUGGACCCCCACUCUGCCAUUGGCAUUGCAGCAACGCUUCGUUCAGUUGAGGUAGCGAAGCCUCCACCUACACAUCAUAUCGCGCUUGCGACGGCACACCCAGCCAAGUUUGCGAAUGCGGUAGAACUCGCACUCCCAGAGCACAAGGAGUACUUCCAUGAGAAGGUCUUGCCUGUUGAGUUCAAGGGACUCGAGGACAAGCCACGUAGAGUAAGCCACGUCAAGAAGUCGGAAGGCUUUGAAGGCAUACGCAAGGUUGUUGUUGCGGAAGUAGAAGCAGAACGACAAGCCGCGGAAAAUGGUGCAUAGUAUACGGUGAGGAAGGAUCAGAGUACGUUUUCGUCGCUUUGGCGUGGAUCAAAAGGCUAUAAUCAACAAUCUCCUUUGGGACUCCGCAUUCGGAGAGAAAGCACACAUGCAUAGAUAGAGGGUAUCAAAUCCAUACCAACACACUUACUUUUUCUCA